AUGCUGCCUCAUGGUAUUCGCUAUAGAAGAGCCUCUGGAGUAUCCUGCAAUUUUUGUUUUGGUAUCGUGGACGCAAACGCUGCCGCAUGUCUUUGUAGUGCAGUUCGGGCUAAUGUCGGAAACUUUGUUAACCUGAACAUUCCAGUAGCAGUCAGCUUCACACUCAACCAUUGUGGCCUUCCAACGGAUUUUCAGUGCAUUUGA